AAUCAUCACACGCGGUGUUGUUUUGAUUCAAUUCCGCAGUCACUCCGCACGUUGUUCAGUUUGUUUCCCACAAAUUAUUAAGUUUUUGCACUAAAAAUACGUGAUUUUUUGCUAAUUUAAACAGUGUGAACUAGUGAAAACUCAUUACAGCCAUGGGAAAAUCGAAAGCGCACCGAAUAAAAGGUCUAACCGGGCCGAAAAUGUCCCUCGGCGAUCAAAUCACCGAGGGCAGAGUCUCGAAGAAAUCGAAAGCUCCCAAGAUUCGCCUACGGGCUGAGGAGGAGGAAUUUGUCGAUUCCCGGACAACCAAGAAAAUCCUGCAGCAAGCCCGCAAACAACAGGCCGAACUUAACCUGCUGGACGAUUCCUUUGGACCGUCUCUGGCCGAAUCGGCCGCAGCAGCCAGUGUCGGAAAAAGGCGCCACCGGUUGGGAGAUGCCGCUUCUUCGGACGAAUCCGAUGAGGAGUACCGGGAGGAGGCCGAUGUCGAUGGCCAGGAUUUCUUCGACGACAUCAAAAUAAACGAAGAAGACGAACGGGCUCUGGAGAUGUUCCUGAAUAAAGAUGGAGUCAAAACUCGCACAUUGGCCGAUUUGAUCAUGGAUAAGAUUACGGAGAAGCAAACGGAAAUCCAGACGCAAUUUUCCGAUACCGGUUCGCUGAAGAUGGAAGAGAUUGAUCCUCGUGUACGGGAAAUGUACGAGGGAGUGAGAGAUGUGCUGAAACGAUAUCGCAGUGGUCGCUUCCCGAAGGCAUUCAAAAUCGUUCCAAAGCUGCGGAACUGGGAACAGAUUCUCUACAUUACAGAGCCACACAAUUGGAGCGCUGCGGCAAUGUUUCAAGCGACCAGAAUUUUCUCAUCCGGAUUGACACAGUACAUGGCUCAAAGGUUCUACAAUCUGGUUCUGUUGCCACGAAUCCGAGACGAUUUGGCCGAGUAUCACAAACUCAACUUCUAUCUUUAUCGAGCGCUGAAAAAGGCACUCUUCAAACCGGCUGCCUUCAUGAAGGGAAUUGUUCUUCCCCUGUUGGAAUCGGGUGAUUGCACCUUGCGAGAAGCCAUCAUUUUCGGUAGCAUUAUAAGUUCUACAACCAUCCCUGUGCUGCACACUUCGGCUUGUCUGUUGAAGAUUUGCGAGAUGGAGUACUCCGGAGCGAAUUCGGUUUUCAUUCGGAUCAUUCUGGACAAAAGGUACGCCCUGCCGUACCGAGUGGUGGACGCUGCCGUCUUCCAUUUCCUCAAGUUCGAGCUGGACAAACGAGAACUGCCAACGCUGUGGCACAACGCGCUGCUUACAUUUGCCCAACGGUACAAGAACGAUAUCUCGUCCGAGCAGCGGGAUGCGCUGCUGCAGCUGUUGAAGAAAAAGACCCACUACAAAAUCACCCCUGAAAUCCGCCGGGAGUUGAUGGCGGCUCGGUGUCGAGAUGUGGAAAUGGGCGACAGCUUGGCGCACGAGGCCGACAUGGAAUACAAGGAGGACAUGGACUUUGGCCCGAUGGAAGCCGAUGAGGGAGCAGGAAGCAGCAGUAGAGGUGGCAAACCAGCCGCAGCCGAUGAAGAUAUGGAAAGUGAAGAAGACGAUGAAGAUGAGGAUGAGGAGGACGAAGACGAUGAAUUGUAGAAUUUAGGAUAUUGAAUGAAACACACGGGAGUGUUACUUUUCUUCUUUACAGUAGGUUUCUUUAUUGCUACAUGCUGUAUUUAUGGCAAAUACAUCUGAGCUCUAUGGAUAUAAAAUCUA